GACAGGCCCCACAAACGAUCCGUAACCAUGGCAAAUAAAGCUCUCGUCCUUCUGGCUGUGCUCUUCUGCGCCCAGGCCGUCCUCGGUGUGACCAUCAUCUCCAAGUCGGAGUGGGGUGGCCGUUCCGCCACGAGCAAGACUACCCUAGCCAGCUCUCUGAGCUACGCCGUGAUCCACCACACCGCCGGAAACUACUGCACCACCAAGGCCGCCUGCAUUACCCAACUGAAGAACAUCCAGGCCUACCACAUGGAUUCCUUGGGCUGGGCUGAUAUCGGCUAUAAUUUCCUCAUCGGCGGCGAUGGCAAUGUGUAUGAGGGUCGCGGAUGGAACGUUUUGGGUGCCCAUGCCACCAACUGGAACUCCAAGUCCAUUGGCAUCUCCUUCCUGGGCAACUACAACACCAACACCCUUACCUCUGCCCAGAUCACCGCCGCCAAGGGUCUGCUCUCCGACGCCGUCUCUCGUGGCCAAAUCGUCUCUGGAUACAUCCUGUACGGACAUCGCCAGGUGGGUUCCACCGAGUGCCCCGGCACCAAUAUCUGGAACGAGAUCCGCACCUGGUCCAACUGGAAGGCCUAAGCCCGCUACAAAAAUGCAUUUCAAAAAACAAAAACAAAAUAAAUAACAAUGAAAUCUUGAGAAUACAAUCGCACACAGUAAUAUAA